GGUCGAAAUGGUAGUUGUCCUACUCCCCAACGAUAAGCCUUAACUCCUUCUAGAGAGAUUGAGAUUAUUAAAGUGGCCGUGCUCUCUUCUUGAUCAAAAUCCAUUCCCCUUGUUCUCGUAUAAUUUACUCAGGGGUUCUAUUUUGCUCUCUUUCUCUCUAUCUCUGUUCCUCUCUCUCGCUUUAGAUUUUAGGUAAGAACAAUGAAUAUGAAGGUUCUGGUUGUGUCACGCAGCGGCAGAGAGAUCAUCAAAGGCGGGGUUGAGCUCAAAGAAACUGCAAUUGUGAGCGAUCUCAACCGCGCAAUUCACCACAGAAUGAGGAAAUACUAUCCUUCAAGGCAGCGUCUCACUCUGCCUUUGCAACCUGGCUCUCAAGGGAAGCCUGUGGUCCUUGACCCGAGAAAAAAGGUUAGAGAAUAUUUCCGUGGAAACGAAGAGAAAUUAACAGUGGUGUUAAAGGACUUGGGCGCUCAGGUCUCUUAUAAAACCCUUUUCUUUUGGGAGUAUCUUGGCCCUCUGAUCAUCUACCCCAUUUUCUACUACUACCCAGCUAUUUAUGAAUACAUCGGUUAUACUGGUGAGCGUAUAAUUCAUCCAGCUCAAACCUAUGCCAUGUAUUACUGGUGCUUCCAUUACUUCAAGAGGAUCAUGGAGACCUUCUUUAUUCACAGAUUCAGCCAUGCUACGUCGCCUCUCUCUAAUGUUUUCCGCAACUGUGCUUAUUACUGGAGUUUUGGUGCGUACAUUGCUUAUUUUGUCAAUCACCCUCUCUACACCCCAGUUAGCGAUCUUCAAAUGAAGGUGGGUUUUGGGUUUGGGCUUCUUUGUCAAGUGGCAAACUUCUAUUGUCAUAUAUUGUUGAGGAAUCUAAGGGGCCCAAGUGGUGAGGGGGGUUAUCAGAUCCCUCAAGGCUUUCUCUUCAAUCUCGUGACCUGCGCAAAUUACACCACAGAGAUUUAUCAGUGGCUGGGUUUCAAUAUUGCUACUCAGACAGUUGCAGGUUAUGUGUUUCUUGUUGUGGCGGCGUCUAUCAUGACCAAUUGGGCCCUAGCGAAACACCGCCGAUUGAAGAAGAUAUUUGAUGGGAAAGAAGGGAAACCCAAAUAUCCAAGACGAUGGAUGAUACUGCCACCUUUUCUAUGAGAACCCUUGCUGUGAUCUGCCUUAUCCAUAUUUAUCUCAAUUAAGUGCAUUUAGAUAGCAGAUAUUUGUAUCAGUGUUAGAACCAAUAUAACUUCAGAGCAUUUGCUCAAACUUGAUUCUCAGUUUGUCAAGCUUUCAUUGAUGUAUUUUGAGUGCAUUUUGAUCUUCAAA